AUGUGGCAACGAGUGAAAGCGAGAGCCGAGCACAUCACGAAAUCCGAAGAGCUCCUGGUAAGAGACAUGUGUGCAGUUGAGGGCGUGGGGCUGGUUGUGGCCAGGCAAAGGUCACUUUUUGUGUUUCGAGGAUUAUUGGAAGCAGAACAAAAAGCUGUACAAAAUCAAGCACAUCUCCUGCUCGAUAGGGGGCGACUCAAGUCUGCCAAGGUAGGUUUCUUCCUUGCUUCACAUGGCUUGUGUCAAGUACUCGCAGCUCAGUACAAUUUAGAGGGUAAGGAUUCCACCGCUAAGAGUGAGCUGAAGUUCAUGUUGUCGAUUGUGAUGAGUUUUUCUGGAGUUGAAACAGACAUCCCCCUCACGGAUCGCUUGGCGCAGAGAUAUUGCACUGAGAUGGAUGAAGAAAUGUCCUCCUCGGACUUUAAGUCCGCGAUUCAAUCGUUAUCAUCAGCCUUGCAGCCAGGAGCACCUCUACUCAAUUUUCUCCAAACUUUCUCGGAAGUCGAUUUGCUACUUGUGGCCGCAGAACAAGCAAGCAACGCUUUACCCGUGUCGUCUAUGUUUGCAAGUGGUAGAUCGUGGCUUAUGAAAACCCAUUCUUCUUCGUACUGGCUCACAGACUCGUGGAUCGGCAAAAGCUCAAAGGAAAGUCAAUCUGGACCGGAACAGGCUGCCUGGCGAAGUGAGAAGGCCUAUGCCUUCUUUCUUACAGCUUCACAGUGGAGUUUGAAAGGAAAAGAAGUCUCUGAUCUCGAUGUAGGGUGCGCCGUUCAACUCGCUGGACUUACACCUGACGAAGUCAAUGUUUCAGACGCGCUUGAAGACGGAGAAGACGUCAUCAUGGCCGGAACUGCUCGUCCAGAGCCCUUAGGACCAAGCAUCUCAAAGUUCAGAGCUCACCUUGGUUUUUGGCUUUUGGAAAGGGCUGUACGAAUGUUGGAAAGUAGCGGAGCAUCGCAGAGUGCUGCUGCUGCGUCAUUGGAGGCGAUGCAGUUAGCGCCGGACACGAAUCGAUAUGAGAUGAUGAGAGCCUCCGCUUUCACAAGGUUUUUGGAUGCUGGUAGUGUCGAACAUGCCCUGAAUGCCAUACUGAAGGACCCAUUCCCAGGAGAUCCAAAUGCAGGCGCAAGCUCACUUGAGAGUAAUGCGCUCCGCGACACAGUCGGACUGCUUGUUGAUGCAGUGGCUGACAAAGGUACUCUAAACUGGUUGGCAGAGUGCAAUCUCCCAGAACCGCUUGGCGUGCUUUGUGGACUAGCCUUGCAACGAAGGGCGAGAGCUAGUGAAGCGUUUAAUGUCCGAUAUGUUCUUGAUGGUAUUCAUUUCAAGAGCGGUGACCAGAUGGUAGAAUCUCAGACGACAGAAGGUUUGAAGAGACCAGUUAACGGGUACGAACAACUGUACUCCUGGCACAUUUUACGCGAUGAUGUAUCAAGUGCUGCAACGUCGGUACUUGAGUGGGGUGAACGGCUGAGCGCUGAAGGACUAUCGACGAUAAGGAAAUGUUUUGUGACUGAAUCUCCCAAUUUGUCCACCGAAUCCAAGUUGAAAAUCCUACUGGAAUGGGCAAAAACGAAAUGCGAGGCAUUGGGGUACGCGCUCGCCGCUGCACAACUCGAACCUCCUCAUCGAAGGUUCAUUGCGCGUUCGCGAUUUUCUUUUAUGGCAGGUGCAGGAAAUGAGCGAAAAGGCCUUGUGAGUGAGUCUUGGGUUUCACGCAGACUUCUGCUGGCCCAUGCUCAAAGUAAGGUGCUAACCAGAAUGGUCUCUGACGAGAAUUCUUCUGAUACUAGAGUGCAAUUUGUGCAAUUUGUUACUUCGGCUGACUCAGUCUUGCUACUUCCGCAAGUUGAGGGGGUACGGUGGGUUAUCUCAAUGUUGAGUGAGCGGGCCAGUUACGAGAAUAUGCUGCUCUUAGCAGAGCUGGCAAGUGCGUGGAGAGAGGAAGUUGGGGAUCGUUUGCUGACUGAUGUGGUCAAGAUGGCGGCAGCCAAGGCAUCCGAUCAAAGUUUGACGAGCUUUAGCUAUCCCGAGCUCGAUGACUUACUUGGAGCAAUCGUAUCGAACGGGGGAGAGGUAGAGGGAUGUCGGAAUUGGAAUCUAAUUGCAUUGGAGAGUGCGCUGUCGUCGUCUGCCGGGGCAGUCGCAUGCCCGCAGUGGUUGGUGGAUGCUGCGGCGUGGGGUAGUGAAGCAUUUGCGCAGGGGACCAGCACUAAGGCACAAUUGUUCUCGGGUCAGCGAAGGGGAGAUGCGGCUGGUGUGGUAAGGACUUUAUUGCGCAACCGAAGGCCAGUAGAUGCGGCAAAAGCGUUGAUGGUGGGGCUGAACAGCGUGCAAAGGAAUAGUGAGGGCGCGGAUAGUAUGGAGAGGUUUUACGUGCCAUAUUCAGCUAUCGAUGCGACGAUGGAGAUGUUGGCGCAAUGCGCUGACGACUACCCAGACGCCGGGUUGUACAGGAAACGUCUCGGGGAAUUGACGACGAAGCAUAUCACGAAAAUGGGGGAGCGCGCGCGGGUUGGAGCGGGAGACUCAAUGGAGGUUGAAGCGAUGUAAAACAGUCAUUGAUUAAAGAGCAAUUGAGCACGGUCUACGCACUCCCUUGGGCUUGCAGGGCGGCGUUUCUGGCGGCGACGCGAGCGUCUUUCGCUUUUGAUAGCCGAGCGCGCUCCUCCAGUACCGCUUCCAGUUCUUGCCUUUUGGCUUCCUUGAAUCUGUCAAUAGCAAAUGGUAGGAUGUUGUUAGUGUGUUGAAAAGACGUAGAGUUGUCGUCCAAA